AGUCCACAGUGGCAACAAUGAGAGGGAGUUCGGUGGGGUUGUGUUUUCUUGCUUUGACUAUAGCCCAUGUCACUGAGAUCCAAGCUGGACUGGUCAGCAACCAUGUGAGCAGCAUCUGUAGCACAUGGGGCAGGGAGCACUUCAAGACAUUCGAUGGUGAUGUGUACCAGUUUCCUGGCAUGUGUGAAUACAACCUGGUCUCCGACUGCCACGACACCUUCCCAGAGUUCUCUGUGCACAUGAAGAGGAAGGAAAGCGAUGGAAACCCAACAGUCAGUUAUGUGGUGGUCACCAUCAGUGAUUUUGCAUUUCACCUCAGCAAGGAUGUGGUCACUGUGAACAACCAGCCUGUCAAACUUCCACACUACCAGGCCGGAGUACAAGUGGAAAGAAAUGCAGUCUACAUCAAGCUCCAGUCCAAAGUUGGCGUCAUUGUCAUGUGGAACCUUGAUGAUGCAGUCAUGGUGGAAAUUGAUAAUGAUUACACUAACCGCACUUGUGGACUUUGUGGAGAUUUUAACGGUGUUCCAGUCUACAAUGAGUUCCUCCUUGAUGGUCGCAAAAUCAGUCCCAUUGAGUUUGGCAACAUACAUAAAGUCCAUCGUCCAAAUGAUGAUUGUGAGGACCCAUAUGAAGAGGAAGAUGUGUCACAGGAAGCUAUGAAUGUGCCAGAGUCAUGCAAAGAGUUUCAAAACACGUGUGAAGAGAUGCUGCAUGCAGAAACCUGGAGCUCCUGCACCAAACUGAUUGACCCUGAGCCUUACAUUCAGGCCUGUGUGCAGGACAUGUGUGGCUGUACCAACCAUUCAGAUGACUUUUGUGUCUGCAGCACACUCUCUGAGUUCUCUCGACAGUGUUCCCAUGCAGGAGGGGAGCCUCCCAACUGGAGGACUUCUAAAUUCUGUGCCAAACAGUGCCCAUUCAACAUGGUUUAUGAAGAGAGUGGAUCCCCUUGUGUGGAUACCUGCACACAUCAAGACACAAGCUCAUUCUGUGAGGACCACAAAAUGGACGGCUGCUUCUGUCCUCCUGGAACCGUGUUCGAUGACAUUUCCAUGAGGGGGUGUAUUGCUCAGUCUGAAUGCCAGUGCAAGCAUGGAAAAAUCUAUGAAUCUGGUGAAGUUUACAGACAGGAGCGAGAGGAAUGCACAUGUUUUGAGGGUAGAUGGGCUUGUGAAAGUCUUUCAACACCUUCUACGUGUGCAGUUGAAGAAGGUUCACAUGUAACCACCUUUGAUGGGAAAGACUUCACCUUCCAUGGAGACUGUUACUACACCCUGGCCAAGGUGGAAAGAAAGGAUGAUUCAAGCCCUAAGUUUACCAUUCUGGUCCAACUAGUACCAUGUGCACACCAAGAGUAUGACACUUGUCUGAAGACCAUCAAAAUCCUGCUGAACAAUGACAGAAACAAUGUGUUAACAUUCACUGCUGAUGGCACAGUAAAGCAGAAUAUGCAGAUUAUCAGUUUGCCACACUACACAGCGGACAUCAGUAUAUUCCACGCUUCAUCGUUUCACAUUAUGCUCCAGACCAGCUUUGGUUUGCAAAUUCAGAUCCAACAUGUGCCUCUGAUGCAAGUCUAUGUCAGCCUGGAGCAGAGCUACAGGGAAAAGACAAGUGGUUUAUGUGGGAACUACAACAUGGUCCUGUCUGAUGACAUGAACACUCGUCAGGGAAUUGUGGAGGGAAGUGCAGCAGCUUUUAGUAACUCCUGGAAGGCUAGCUAUGUAUGCCAAGACAGAGAAGACAGACUUGAUGACCCUUGUUCUUUCAGCGUGGAAAAUGAAAUGUAUGCCAAACACUGGUGCACCUUGCUACGACAGCCAAAUAGUACCUUUGCAGAGUGCCAUUCUGUGGUGGAUCCUGAGAUUUACUACAAGCGAUGUACUUAUGCUAGCUGUAACUGUGAGAAGAGCGAGGACUGCCUGUGUGCUGUUUUCUCCUCCUAUGCCAGAGCUUGUGCAUCAAAGGGAGUGUUCUUGGCAGACUGGAGAGAGAAUGUGUGCGACAAAUACACCAAGAACUGCCCAGAAUCUCAGACCUUCUCUUACAAAAAUCAGAGAUGCCAGCUGACUUGCAGAUCACUGAGCUUAAAGCAGCAGAGCUGCACCUCUGAUUUCUUACCUGUGGAUGGCUGUUCCUGCGCUGAGGGUCACUACCUAGAUGACAACGGCAUCUGUGUCCCAGUGGCAAAGUGUCCCUGUUACCAUAAUAAUGUCUACAUUAGGUCAGGCAAGUCCAUCAGCAUCAACAACGAGCGCUGCGUAUGCACCAACGGAGUUCUUCAUUGCCAUUCUGAAAGAACCCGCAAGUCAAUUUCUCCAGCUUGCCCUUCUGCUAAAGAAUACUUCAACUGCUCCACUGCAAGCGCAGGAGUUGUUGGAGUGCAGUGUGCUCGAACUUGUUUAAAUCUGGACAAUGAUGAUUGUGAUGCCACAGAGUGUGAAUCUGGUUGUCGGUGUCCCAGUGGCCUCCUUGAUGAUGGUAAAGGUUUCUGUGUAAAAGAAAGUGACUGUCCAUGCAAGCAUGAUGGCCAUCUAUAUGCCUCUGGAACACAAAUACCUAACCAGUGCAACACCUGUACCUGCCAAAGUGGAAAAUGGAGAUGCACAAAGAAAAAAUGUCCAGGAACUUGCUUUAUUUCUGGAAGUGGUCACUACAUCACAUUUGAUCAGAAAAAAUAUGCAUUUCAAGGACAGUGUGGCUAUGUUGCUGUAAAGAACAACUGUGGCAAUAAAGCAGUGCAGGAGAACUUUGCAGUUAUCACUGAAAAUGUACCUUGUGGCUCUACGGGCACCACCUGCUCUAAAAAAAUCAGAAUUCACCUGGGGGGAACGGUAAUCACACUAUCAAAGGGAAAAUUUACAAAGGAUAAUCUGGGACAUGGACCUCAGAUCCAGAGCACAAUAAGUGAGGUUGGAUCGUAUGUGGUUAUAAAAUCUGACAUCGGUAUGGUAGUGAUGUGGGAUCACAAAACAACUGUUCGGAUCGUGCUUGAACCAGUGCACAGCGGAGAGGUGUGUGGCCUGUGUGGAAAUUUCGAUGGUGAUGCACAGAAUGACUACACCACCCAGGGUCAGCUGGUGGUGAGCAAUCCACUCGAAUUUGUAAACAGCUGGAAAGAGCCUAGCUCUUGUCCAGAUGUGGAGGAGAACAUUGAUCCUUGUGCAGUAGCACCCAGUCGACAUCACUGGGCAGAGUCAUGUGCCUGCGACACUGUAGGAGACUGUGACUGUUUCUGCACAGCAGUUGCAGCUUAUGCUGAGGUUUGCAAUGAGCAUGGUGUUUGCAUUGAUUGGAGAACUCCAGAGAUCUGUCCUGUCUAUUGUGAUUACUACAAUAACCGAACCAGGCUCGGAAUAACAGAAUGCUUAUGGCACUAUCACCCUUGCCACCCUACUUGCUACAAAACCUGUUUGAAUCCAGAACCUAAAUGUCCGAAUCCCAUACCCACCCUGGAAGGCUGUUACCCUGUAUGCCCAGAGGAUAAGCCCAUAUUUGAUGAGGAAAACAAUAGAUGUGUGAAUGCAUGUAUCAAUGUAGAUACUACCAUAACUACAACUACCACCACAUCUACAACUACAACUAUUACCACAACUACACCUCCUACUACAACAACUACACCUACUCCUACAACUACCACAAGUACAAACACAAUAACAAUGACCACUUGCCUUCCAAAUCUUGAAUGUGAGUGGUCAGACUGGUAUGAUGUGGAUGAUCCAACGGACAAAAGUGACUGGGAAACAUAUAAACACAUCACAGACAGUAAUAAAACAAUAUGUGAAAAUAUUGAAAAAGUUGAGUGUGGAGUGGUAGAUUACCCAGACAAAAACUUUGAUGACUUUGUGAAGGAAACUCAACAAACUGUUACUUGUGAAAAGAACAUUGGUUUAAUAUGUAGAGGAGAGGACCAGACAGAGCCUCCAAGAAAGUGUUUUGACUACAAGAUCAAGGUAUGUUGUAAGAUAUGUUCAACCACAACUCCAACUACGACUCCAACUACCACCACCACCACCACGACUCCAACUACCACCACCACAACUCCAACUACCACCACAUCUACAACUACCACAACUCCAACUACGACUACCACCACGACUACAACUACAACUACCACUACAACUCCAACUACAACUACCACCAUGACUACAACUACAACUGCCACCACAACUCCAACUACAACUACCACCACAUCUACAACUACCACAACUCCAACUACGACUACCACUACGACUACAACUACAACUACCACUACAACUCCAACUACCACUACAACUCCAACUACAACUACCACCACAUCUACAACUACCACAACUCCAACUACGACUACCACCACGACUACAACUACAACUACCACUACAACUCCAACUACCACUACAACUCCAACUACAACUACCACCAUGACUACAACUACAACUGCCACCACAACUCCAACUCCAACUACCACGACAUCUACCACGACUACAACUACUACCACGACUACAACUACUACCACAACUACAACUACAACUACCACCACAACUCCAACUACAACUAUAACCGCAACAACAAAGGAACUGGACUGCCCUGACUGGGGUGUUUCACAAAAUGAGACCUUCGAAUUGUGCGAAUGCAUAUGGGCCAGAUGCAUAGAGAACAGAACAGUAGAAAUUCUUAAAGAUCAAUAUCCAUGUCCACCGCUUCAAAACAUAACUUGCGCCAAUGGACGAGAACCAGUUCUGUUGAAUAGCACAAACCCCUGCAUACCCCCCCCUUGUCAAUACCUUGCUUGUGACUGUGAAUGUAUAGGGUGGGGAGAUCCACAUUACGAAACGUUUGAUGGACUUUACUACAGUUAUCAAGGAAACAGUACUUAUGUGUUAAUGGACGAAAUUGAAAAAAGGCAUAACCUAACAAUUUACAUUAAUAAUGAGUUUUGUGAUCCCAUUGAACAUGUAUCUUGUCCACGAUCGUUAACAGUAUCAUAUAAAUCACAAAACAUCACACUUAUUAAUACUAAUCCUGAUCUUCUUGGAGCUGUACAGUUGGAGGUUCUGAGAAAUGAAACAUGUUUGGAUCAAACUCAAAAAGAGAGUGUUGAAAUCGUGAGUUCUGGUCUUAAAUUGAUUUUAAAGAUUCCUGACCUAAACGUGGUUAUUGAAUUUGGAAUAGUUGGCUUCAGGGUAUUCCUUCCAUUCGAGUACUUUGGCAAUAAUACACAGGGCCAUUGUGGAACAUGCAACAAUAACCAGGCUGAUGACUGCAUGUUGCCUGGACGUGAGCUGGUGGAAAGCUGUGCAGUGAUGGCUGAUUCUUGGUGUGUUAACACCACUGGCAACUGCACAGCACAACGUGCACAACCACUCAGUGCCCAAUCAUGCAAAUCAGACCCCGUGUGUGAUCUGCUUAAUACUAAUGUCUUUGCAGAGUGCCAUCCGUUUGUCUCGCCAGAAAAUUUCUACAAAGGUUGUGUUUUUGAUAGCUGUCAUGCUUCAAAUGAAAAAAUGAAGUGCACAAGUUUACAGACUUAUGCUGCAGCCUGUGCUCAGGCUGGAGUUUGCAUUCACUGGAGGAACCACACCACAGUGUGCACUGGUGAAUGCCCAUCAGGCAAAGUUUACAAGCCUUGUGGUCCUGCAGAACAACCAACCUGUGAAGACAAUCCAAGUGGACCAAUUAUAAACUACAUUACUGAAGGCUGUUUUUGUCCUGAUGGAAUGAAACUCUUCAACCAGAAGUCUAGAAUAUGUGUUGAAAAAUGUGGAUGUCUUGAUCCUGAGGGCAUUCCUCGUGAGUUCAAUGAAAGAUUUGAGUACAAAUGCCAGGACUGUAUCUGUGACGAAUCCACCAAGACUGUGACUUGCAAGCCUAAAGUGUGCCCACCACCACCAGCCUCUACAACCUGCUCUGCCCCUGGGUUUGUCCUUGUCAACCAGACCAGCCCAUCAGACCCCUGCUGUUCUACCUAUGCUUGCCAGUGUCAACCCAACACCUGCCCAGUUACCCAUAUGAACUGUCAAAUUGGACAUAAGACAGUUGUUGGGCUUCCUGAUGGAAAAUGCUGUGCAGAACAUAAAUGUGAACCCAAAAGAGUUUGUGUUCACAGAGCAACUGAAUACCAGCCUGGUUCUUCAGUUCCUAUGAAGCCAUGCCAGCAUUGUACGUGUGCCAAUGAGAUUGACCCAAAAUCUCAUCUAUUACAAAUAAUUUGUGUGGAUCAAAAAUGUAAAGAAAGCUGUGAUGUGGGAUAUGAAUAUGUGGAAACUGAUUCAGAUGAAUGCUGCGGGAAGUGUGUACAGACACACUGUGUUGUCAACAUUAAUGGAACCAAACAACUUUUGACUCAAGGAGAAACCUGGUCACCACCGGGGAAUAAGUGUGAACAUUACACCUGUGUCAAGAAUGGUGAGACUUUAACAGCAAGCCAUUCACAGACUGUCUGCCCACCCUUCCAAGAGAGCAACUGCCAACCUGACACAAUUCAAACUGCAGCAAACGGCUGUUGCAAAAUUUGUGAGGAGAAGGAGAAGGGAUGCAAGUUAAUGUCCAUGAAAACCCAUAUUACAGUCAACGGUUGUCAGUCUGCCCAGGAGGUAGAUAUGCCAUAUUGUGAAGGAUCCUGCAACACUUACACCAUGUACUCUAAAGCAGCAGGAGCGAUGGAGCAUUCCUGCUCAUGCUGUAAGGAGAUAAACUUCAGCAAUCGCACCGUUGACCUGGUCUGCUUGAAUGGAGACACGGUCCCCUACACAUACAUGUAUGUGGAGCAGUGUGGUUGUACCAAGACGGACUGCAGCAGCGCUGGACAUCAUGUUCGCAGGAAGAGAAGCUUCACACUGCUGUGAUGAAACAGUCCAUCUCUUUACAGAUGUGACAUACAAUUGUUUCUUUUCACAUUUUCUUAAAAAUCAUUAUAUAUCUUACAAAGUAAUUGCUGUUGUAUCUU